AUGCAGUUCAAGACGCUCCUCGCACCCAUCCUCCUCGCCGAGGCGGCGCUGGCCCAAGGUCUACCUCUCCGGGUGGUCACUUUCAACAUCCGCUACGACGCCGGGUCCCGCGAAUCCGGCGAGAAGCCGUGGUGGGACCUCUUCUGCUCGAUCUCCAAGGACCGUUGCCGCCAACCGCACGUCAUCGACGCCAUCGCCAAGACGGCGUCCGGCGCGCCGUCGGGUGCCGCCACGGUCAUCGGGCUCCAGGAAGUGCUCGACAACCAGCUGAAGGACAUCCAGAACGGCCUCGGGUCCGGCUGGGCCCAUAUCGGCGUCGGGCGCGACGACGGCAAGAAGUCCGGGGAGUACAGCCCGAUCUUCUACCGCACCGACGCGCUCCGGCUGGUGUACGAGGAGACGAAGUGGCUCUCGCCGACGCCGGACCAGGUUUCCUUCGGCUGGGGCGCGGGCAGCCGGCGCGUCGUCACCCUCGCCGUCUUCGAACACGUCGCCAGCGGGAAGAGGUUCAUCCACGCCAACACGCACCUGGACAACGUCAGCUCCCAGGCGCGCUCCGAGGGGAUCAAGGUCGUCGUGUCCCGGAUCCAGGCGGUGCAGUCCAAGUACGGCCCCCUGGGCGUCACGCUGACCGGCGACUUCAACUCGGACCCCAACGGCGAUGCGUACCGGACGCUGUCCGCGACGGGGUUCCUGGGCGAGCUGUAUAACCUGGCCACUCCGGACCAGAGGGCCGGGACGAACCAGCUGACGUACACGACGUUCGAUACGUCCAAGCAGGGCAGCCGCAUCGACUUUGUCUGGCUUGGGCCCAAGGAUGCGAAGAAGUUCUCGGUCCAGCGGUACGAGAUCCUCAACAACAACGUCAACGGCAUGCUCAUCAGCGACCAUCGGCCUGUUGUGGGAGACGUCACACUGUUGUCGUAA